AUGACCAAGAAAAUCGAGGUGCUCCUAUAUGGACUCGGAGCCAUAGGAUCUUUCUACGCCUUCAUACUCCAGCGCAAUCCCCGCGUGCGGCUAUCUGUCUGUGCGCGUUCCAACUAUGAAGCAGUCAAGGCCAACGGCGUCACCAUUCGCAGCAAGAAUCAUGGCCAGCACAACUAUAAGCCUGCCAAGGUCCUCCGAUCACCGGACGAGGCCCAGCAGACCUACGACCACAUCGUCUGUGUGAACAAAGCCGUCAAUACAGAUUCAGUGCUUAAGCAGCUGGUGCCAGUAGUGGACCCGAAGAAGACCACGAUAGCACUGAUGCAGAAUGGCGUGGGCAUUGAGGACCCCUUCCGAAAGGCUUUCCCAAGCUGUACCAUCAUAUCCGGCGUGGUUUGGGUCGGAGCCACUCAGCAUACCCCGGGCGUCGUUGACCACGGAUCCGCGGAGAACACGGAGCUCGGCGUUUUCCCCAAUCCAAACCUCGACGCGGGCCUCGAGCAGCAAAGACUCGAAGAGCUCGAAUCCCUCUUUCGAGACGGUGGGACUGACAUCACUGUCCCGCAGGACAUCCAGACCGCUCGGUGGAAGAAGUGUAUCUGGAAUAUGGCUUGGAACGGUCUGACCACCCUGACUGGUGCCGACACGGAGGCAUGGCUCAAUUCAUCCGAUCUUUCAACACCACUGACCCACCGGCUGAUGACGGAGGCCAUUGAAGUCGCCAGAGCACUUGGCGUGCCCGGUGUGGAGUACAGCCUCGCGGACGAGCUGCUAGCAAAGGUGCGGCCCAUGGGAGCUUUGUACAGCAGCAUGUAUCACGACAGUCGAGCAGGCCGGCCGAUGGAAGUCGAGGUCAUUCUAGGGACGGCCGUGCGGAAGGGCCGGGAGUUGGGUGUGGCGAUUCCGACGUUGGAGAUCGUCUAUGCUAUGCUUCUGGCGAUAGAUCAGCGGUUGGUCAGGGAGAAGGCCCAAGACUCCAAAUGA